CCUACCUCUUCCUGAAACAAUUGAAUAGCACUUUUUCCUUAUAUAUUUCCUAAAUAUAUUAUAUAAUUCCUUUAAGGCAGAUGGUAUCGGAAGUUUGCAACCUAAUGAACCAGUGUUGAUUUAUUCAUUGAUGGAAUCUAUAAAAGCACCUUUGUGUGUCGCUCUGGAUAAAGGCAUCUGCUAAAUGCUGCAAAUGUAAGAAAUAACAAAAAUUUAAAAGGAUUUGAUGGAAACAGUGGUUUGAUGCUUCUUUUUAAAAACAAGCAUAGACCAUGUGACAGUGUGGUUUUCAUGCAACUCAGUGCUGCAAAGCUGAAGUGAAAGAGGUGUGCACUUCACUGAGAUCUUUAUUUAUCAUUUUAUCAUUUCAUGAUCUAAAUUCACAAGUUUCAUAAGAUAAGGUUAAUCAUUUUGGCAGAGCUGACAGUUGCAAGGAUUGAUAAUUUUCCUUAUUAUUAGUGCAGAUUUAUUCUUUUAUUAUGGUUACUAUGUAUAAUUUAAUAUCUAAAUAAAUGAGUAUUCAAGUUUAGACAGCACAGGCAAUGAUAGAAAUGGAGGUUUUUUUUGUUUGAUGUUCUGCUUGAAUGUACAAGCUGUAUCAAACUUUCUUUCUAACAGGAUGUGGUAAAGUGGAUAGGAGCUAAAGUGAAACACUGCCUCAGUAAAUGUGAACUCGACCACUUCCAACUGUUUCACAGACCUCAGCAAGUGUAAGCAAAAAGAUUUUCCUUUGAAUAUGAUGAAAUAUUGGUGUUGAAACAUUGUUUGGGCACUGCACGCCAUAACAAACAUCAUUCAUGAGGAAAUUAAUUAAAAUAACCUAUACAUACAGGUUUUAUAUUAUACAUUAACAAGUGUCCACGUCAAGGUUUAAAACGUGGGUGUCUUUCAGGAAAUGACAGAGGACAGCCACCUACAGGAUGGACUAUUUCUGUCCUCCACGUUACAGGUUUCAUAGUAAAUUUGCGUAGGUAACUGGCAAGACAUGCGUGUGAAACACUUUGUUCAGCUUUUAACAUUUUUCAGCGCCCUUGUGCCGAAUGGAUUAAAUUGUCCAGUGUCGUGUAGGAGCAUUUCUCUCACUGCUCGUCUGGGCUCGGAGGUCUUGCUGCCAUGUAGCCUUUCGAAAAGUAACAAAACCGAAGAAGCCAGGUGGAGCCAAUCGUCCACGCUUCUAAACAUCAGGCCACAUGGAAAUAUCACCUUUGAGGAUCCUAAAGAUGGGAGAAUGACUGUAUUCCCCUUACUGUUCAGCAGAGGAAACUUCUCCAUCCUUGUUCAUCAGUUCCAGACCAGUGACAUGGGCAUAUACUGCUGUCAGCUGACCCAUGAGUGCCAGAGAGUGGUAAUAGAAAAUGCAGAAGAACAUGAAGGAGGUUUGAAUUUCCCGUGGUACUACAUCGCUGCUGGAAUUGUUUCAUUUAUUUUGCUCGUGUUUGUAUUGCGUCUUGUCUGUAUAUUUAAAGGACGUUGCCUAAAGAAAUCAUCUGAUUCUUAUUACGUCAACUCAGAAGAACAAGGAGAGGCAGAAAAUAAAGGGCCUAUUGAGAUCGCCAAGGUUGAUGAGUGUGACGGUGAGUAUGAAGACAUUGAGAGUGAGCUACAUGAAGCGGAUUAUGAAAACUCACCGGGAGCAGAACAUGAUGGCCAGUAUGAAGAUACAAUUAGUGAUCAGCAAGAUGAGGAUUAUGUCAAUUCUGACAGAAGAAAUUAUUACAAUCAGCACAACGAUACUGACAAUGAGAACUCUGCGGUACACCAUGUGGAGAUAGCUAUGCAAGGUCAGCAGGCCAGAACAAGUAUCUAUGACAAUGAUGAGCACACUCCAAAUCCAAGGUCAAAACCAACCAAAAAAGAAGCAGCGACAGUAUUAAGAAAAAUGCCAAACCAGCAGCCAAAUUCAGGACAAUAUUAUGCCAAUCAGUCAGAGAUUAACAAGUCUGGCCGUCCUCGAAAGAGAACCAAAGAUAAAGCAGAAUAUCAGUUCAAGAAUCCAUUAUAUGACCAAACUCCAGCGACCAAUAUAUAAUGUCAUCUUCACUAAAAAUAUGCCUGUGAAAUGUAAUAUAUUGUAAUAUUCUGUUAAUUAUUGAUACACUGGAUUUGAUUUCUGGUCCUAUUAUGUGUAAAGAUGGUUGAGGUCAUGCAGGAACGUGAUUUCUUUUAUUGAUGACUACUUAUAAUGAACAUCAUUUAUAUACAUUUAAGAUCUUUACCUUGUGGAAAUAAACAAACUUCUCAACUC